CUAUCUGCCCAUCACCAACAUGGCCUCCGCAGCAACAGCCCCUCCUGCCCUACACAGACGUGGCGUCUCCUGACGUCAUAGGACGGCGCCGGGAGUCCCAGAAGCUGCACGUGGGCUUGGAUUUAGAAACUCUGGCGGUGCCAUGGAUACACCUCUCAGGCGCAGUCGGCGGCUGGAAGGACUAAAGCCUGAAUCCCCCGAGAACCCCACCCCAGUUUUGCAGGCGAGACGGGCCCUUGUGGAGCUCGAGUCGCACCCAGAAGAAGCGAGGGAGCCCGGGUCUCCUCGGAAUGUGCAGCCACCAGGUUUGGGGUCCCCCAGACGUCAGUCAGAGACAGCUCCAGUUUCACCCAGUCUACAGGAAGGGGCAGGCUUGGGGUCCUCCCAGAGACAGCCAGAGCCGGGCCCAGGGUCCCCCCAGCGUCAGCGAGAUCCGGGUCUGGAGUCUUCCCAAAGGCAGCCGGAAUCGAGUCCUGAAACCCCAGGACUUCAGUCAAAGCCAAAUGGGGAGUCACCAAAGUUCUCCCAGGACCAAGAAGCGGAUUCGGAGUUGGCCGGGAGUAAGGCGGAGCAGACCCCGGAGUCUCCCCAACAUCAGCUGCAGUUGGGCCCAGGGUCACUAGAGCCUUACCCCGGUCAGCAAGCGCCGGAUCUGGAGCCCUCGCAGCCACUACAGGAGCUGCCACUGCAGGAGCUGCCACUCCAGUCACCCGGUUCCCCACAGGAUCAGAACGAGCCAAGCAAGCCAGCUCCAUCCAGGGAAAGGGGGAGAGACGUCCUCGGGCCAAAGAAGCGAGAAAGUUCUUCAGUCCAGGCCCCAGCGUCCAAAAAGCAGAAGAAAGAGGAGGUUCCUGUUAUCCCGAAGGGGAAGCCCAAGUCUGGGCGAGUGUGGAAGGACCGCUCAAAGAAGAGGUUCUCCCAAAUGGUCCAGGACAAGCCCCUGCGCACAUCUUGGCAGAGAAAGAUGAAGGAGCGGCAGGAGAGGAAGCUGACCAAGGACUUCGCCCGGCACCUGGAGGAGGAGAAGGAGCGUCGCCGGCAGGAGAAGAAGCAGCGCCGUGCCGAGAACCUGAAACGCCGCCUGGAGAACGAGCGGAAGGCAGAGGUCGUCCAAGUGAUCCGAAACCCCGCCAAGCUCAAGCGGGCGAAGAAGAAGCAGCUGCGCUCCAUUGAGAAGCGGGACACGCUGGCCCAGCUGCAGAAGCAGCCACCACAGCGGCCGGCAGCCAAGAUCUGAGCUCAGGCCUUCUGUGGCCGACCCCGGAGUCACACACAUCACCCCUCGGGCCACUACCACAUGCCUCUGCUGGCCCUGCACUCCAACUCUGUGUAGAGGCCCCACCCGAGACGGGGCUCUGAGCCUUCAAAGGCUCCCAGGCAGAUCUUUGUGGGACAGUUGCCCAGAGGGAGGCUGGGACCUGGCAGAGACUGGGGGAGGGAAGAGUCAGCUCCUCCUCCCCUCCCCAAGUGCCUUCAAACCGAGAAGAGUAAUUCUGGUUCCUCAGCUCAGGAUGCUGGUGACUGGAGCGUGACUCCCCAAAAUGUGUAUGUUCUAUCUCAAGGUCCUGGGUCCAACCCAGGCCUGGAGGCCGCAAGUCCAGAAUCCAGCUCCCUCCACACCUUCCCAAAGGCUGCUUUGGUCCUGCUGUACGCUACUCACCCCGUCACCCAGCAGACCAAAUCCAGCCCUGCCCCACUCUUCAACACGUGAGGUUAAGAUGGGGCGGUUCCAUGGGGCAGGGUCUCUCUGUAGCUCCCCCUUUCCUGUACCAGACUGCAGAAGUCCCAAAGAUCUGAUUAACUCACCAUCCAGCCUACAGCAGAAAUAUUUAUUGAACGUCUGCUGUAUAGACACGAUUCUGGGUACCGAGGGAUACAGACAGAAGUCCCUGCCCUCAUGGAGCUUUUAUUCUGACAGAGAAAACCUAGUAAACAAAUAAAAUAUAUUGUGUGUUAGAUGGUGUCAGGCACUGAGUGAAGCCGGGUAGGGGGUCAUGGGCAUGGUCAAGGGGGGGCUGUCCAUUUAGUCAGCUGGCCAUCAGCUGCUCCGCUUGCCAGGCACUUGCUAUGGGCAGCGCCUGCCUGGCACUGGGAGUAAGCACUGGGAGCCCUGGACCGAGAUCCCAAGGGAAUUUCUCCACCCAGCUCUCCCACUAACAUUUCAUCCACCAAAUGUGUACCGGCGCCAACUCUGCAUCAGGCCCUGGGAAGCAGAGCUAAACAGACGUGGGACUGUGGACAUGGGGGCAGCAGGUUACCCUCACUCUUACAGAUUGAGGGUUAGAGCUGCCCAGCUCCUGUGUGCUCAGGAGGUGAGUGCUGCACAGAUCCAGGGAUGACGGAAGUGGUGGGAGGGGGGCCCAUCCUAUGGAACUCCAGGCUGGCACGUGCGUCAGAUUAGCCAGGAGACAUCACGGGCUUUGGUCUCAGAGGCUGCCAGGCACAUAGAAGCACUGAAGACCUUCAGUAAAAAAGCCCUUUGGACUUUGUUUAGCCCAGGUUUCCCAAGCAUCUGACCACAGCACCGCUUGCUUUUUCCCUGUCUUAACAGUGCUGGGUCAGAUGGGUGGUGGUGAGUUCCCAGACAGCUGCUGUCUUAAAGACCUUGGGUAAUAGUAUUUGAACAGGGAACGCUUCGUGGUUAGUACCUUGGGCAGGUUCCCUAACCUCCCUGCACCUCAGUUUGCACCUUUUGUAAAAAAGCGAGGCUAAUGAACCUGCCUUCCAGAUUAUUGUGGGAUAAAGUCUAGCGCAGUAAAGGCCAAGCGAAGAGGUCAGAACAGAACAGUGCUGCCCAAAUCUUUCCUCUCACUUCAUACUCCAAAAAUCCACCACUGGUUUACUUUAAAAAUCCACCCCAAGGAGGAGUUCCCAUUGUGGCACAGCGGAAACAAAUCUGGUUAGUAUCCAGGAGGAUGGGGUUUCAAUUCCUGGCCUUGCUCAGUGGGUUAAGGAUCCAGUGUUGCCCUGAGCUGUGGUGUAGGUCACAGACACAGCUUGGAUCCUGUGCGGCUGUGGCUGUGGUGUAGGCCCGCAGCUACAGCUCUGAUUCCACCCCUAGCCUGGGAACUUGCAUAUGCAGUAGGAGUGUCCUUAAAAAGCGAGAAAAAAAAAAAAAAAAUCCACCCUACCCAUCAUCUGCUAAAACUGAGCCCCAGGGAGAUACAUCCUGUGCACCCCAGUUUGAGAAGUCUUAGGACUUUAACCCCUUGUUCCUACCAGUAGUCCAGGCACGGGAGUCCUGACAUAGUCUCCUAUUGUAAGAAAUGCAGAAUCAGCACCCACGGCCCCGCCCAAUCAGACAGGGUCCCUGGGUGACCCCCUCACAAUAAAGUUUGAGAAGUACUGCCCUAA